CGCAGCGCUGCCUUCCAGCCCUAACUUGCCUCAUUCUCUCAGAAAAGCUCCAGAAGCACCCUGCCCGAAAGAGUGGAGGUCUGCGCCACGGACUGCCCGGGAGGCUCAUGGCGCAUGCGCCUUCCCUCCUCGCGCCGGCCUUUCGGACCUCCCUGAGCGGCUGCCCCAGGAAAUGCCUGUGUCUCUGAGGAAGUCCCUUGUUUUUUACGCGCUCUCUGAUCUCAUCUUCUCUUAUCCACUUUCUCCUCUGUGACUGAAGAAAAUAAAUUGGUCCAUUGAACUCCGGAAAAAUAGUAGGCCACCUAAAUAUCUUGGACCGGCGCGGAAAGGGCAGGCCUGACCUUGGAAGCGGAACGGGGUCCUGCGGCCGGUCCUUCCGGGCGGGUGACAUUCAGCCGGCCAGUCGGGGCGACGGACUUUCCGUCCGACAACCAUGGCCCAGUUUGUCCGUAACCUCGCGGAGAAGGCCCCGGCGCUGGUGAACGCUGCUGUGACUUACUCGAAGCCCAGAUUGGCGACAUUUUGGCACUAUGCCAAGGUUGAGCUGGUUCCUCCAACCCCUGCUGAGAUCCCUACAGCUAUUCAGAGCUUGAAAAAAAUUAUCAAUAGUGCUCAAACUGGUAGCUUCAAACAGCUUACAGUUAAGGAAGCUCUUCUGAAUGGUUUGGUGGCCACUGAGGUGUGGAUGUGGUUUUAUGUUGGCGAGAUCAUAGGCAAGCGUGGCAUCAUUGGCUAUGAUGUUUGAAGACCAAUCUUUAACAUGUAUUAUAUUUGCUUUAUUAUGUGGGUGUCCUUGGACCACGUGUGAGCAGACGGCUAUUUGAAUAAAAUAAGACAGUGUGUCAAAAUC